CUUCAAGCGGAACCCGCUGGCAUUGGGAAAAGCUUCCAACACACAAUCCACAACCAGCACAGCUUGAGAACAAAAAAAGGAGGAGAAAGACAGAGAGAGAGAGAGAGAGAGAGAGAGAGAGAGAGAGACUACAGAUCCAGCCAUUCAGCUCCAAGAAUCAUCCCUCCCCCCCUCUGCUUUCAACCAAAAACAGGAAAAAAAAGAAAGAAAGAAAGAGUAGGAGAGAUGGACCUAUAGGGAUGAGUUUGGAUGAACUGCAUUUGAGAAAUAGCAAAAAAAGAAGGAAAUACUAAACCAGCAGAGCAGGGAACAGUACCUGCUGAAAAGAAAGUUCUUUCUCUAGUCUCCAAAGCCCGAGCCUUUGAUGUAUGGCAACAGAUCACUGAUCAGAUUACAGGCAUUGGGUUUCACUGCUCGUCUGCCUUUGAUCUGUGUGCUUAAUUUUAUUUUCCUGGAUUUGAAGUUUGCCUGGGCUUGCGCUGACAUACUUUUAAAAGAGAGAGAGAGAGAGCAGAUGAAGGCAUUUAAUACAGAAGCUCUAGCUGACUGAAUUUCAGUUGCAAGAAAGGGUGGCUAUUGGAUAAGCCUCAGCACACAAUCAGAUUUAAUACAUUACUAAAGGGAAGAUUUCAGAAAUGGCUAUAGAAAGGUCUCAGUGGUGGCUCUUUAUAGUGAAGCUGUUGAUACUUCUGAUAUAUUAUUCAUACACUGUAAUUUGUGAAACGGGUGGUUGCAGAGAACAAGAGUUCAGAGAUCAUGAUGGAAAGUGUAUGUUGUGUGAACAGUGUGGACCUGGUAUGGAACUAUCUAAGGAAUGCGGCUUUGGAUAUGGGGAAGAUGCCCAGUGCAUGACAUGUAGGCCAAACAGAUUCAAGGAGGACUGGGGUUUUCAGAAAUGCAAACCGUGUUUGGACUGUGCUAUAGUAAAUCGGUUUCAGAAAGCCAAUUGUUCUGCUACCAGCAAUGCUGUUUGUGGAGACUGCUUACCAGGUUUCUACAGAAAGACAAAACUUGGGGGGUUCCAGGAUAUGGAGUGUGUUCCUUGUGGUGAUCCUCCUCCUCCUCAUGAACCACACUGCACUGCAAAAGUGAAUCUGGUGAAAAUCCCAUCAACUGCUUCAAGCCCACGUGACACUGCUCUAGCUGCUGUGAUAUGCAGUGCACUGGCAACAGUACUUUUAGCUCUCCUCAUCCUAUGUAUUAUCUAUUGCAAAAGGCAGUUCAUGGAAAAGAAACCAACAUGGUCUAUGAGGUCACAGGAUGUUCACUACGAAGGAUCUGAACUUUCAUGUUUUGAUAGACCACAGCUUAAUAUGUAUGCUCACCGAACAUGCUGCCAGUGUCAACAGGACCCAUCCCAGAUGUGUGGUCCUGUACAUUUGAUCCCAUCACUGUGCUGUGAUGAAACAUGUAGCUUGGAACAUAGUUGUCAAAGCUGUCCUUUUCAUUCUCGAACCACACUUCAUGAAAGAGGUUCAAGCUCAGUUGGGGAAAUGAUUCCAGCAUUCCUUGGUUCUCUGUCUCAUUCUGCCUGUGGAGAUCUUUCAGAUGCUUGGCCCCUUAUCCAAAAUCCAGCUUGUUGUGAUAGUAUUUCUUUCUGUGAAUCAUAUACUGAGCUAAUAGAAGAUGAAAAUUCUUUCAGCUUAGAGACUGAAAAAACAGCCAUUGUGGAGUCCGAUAAUGAACAGGAUCUAAGUAUAUUAACAUCUUCAAGGUCACAUUUUGGAAGCCUGACAGAAUCAACUGAACUUCCUAAUAAGACGUACUGUGUCACAACAUCAUUAAGCCAGUUUAUGGCUGCUGAACCACUGUCAACAACAGUGCAUGAUAGAAUACUUAGUGAUUCCACAAACUGAUGAACAGGAAUCUAAAGGACGUUCCUUGGCAGCCCAUAAACUGAAUGCUUCCUUACAUGCCUCUCCUCUAUUGCUUGUGAAUGGAAUGUAGCCUGGAUCUCGAUGUUACAAGGUUUCAGAAACAGCUGAAAGAAAUUGGCAGCAUUUCAAAGCUCUUGGGCAGUUGUGUUUGAGAUACAGCAGCUGUAUGGGGAAACUUCAAGGAGAAGCAUGGUGAAAGACCAAAGGAAGUUCCAUGCUUCUCUCUCUCUUUUUCUCUUUCUUAAACAGCAGGAUUGUGUGUGUCUUGUCGACACACAAAGUUUAGACUAGUCUCACAGCUAAGCAGAUUAUGUAAAUAUAACAAGCAACAGAAUAGUAUGUUUGUGUGUAUAUGGCUGCUAACAGCAGCAGAUGUGUGUCUGUUAUUUGUUGGCAAAGUGAAGCAUUUAAUGGGAUUUUCAACAAGCUGCAUGGAUUCAGUGUAGAAUGUGCCAUAAGUCUAAUACUGCAGGGAAUCCUUUUUUUUAAUGAAUACAUUCAUGUUUUUAUGCUUCCUUCCAUUUGUUGAUUGUUAAAUUGUAAACUAUGGUAUCUGACAGUUGCAGUGUUAUGUGCAUAAAUGUUUGCUGUAAAAACUGCAAGUGCACUGAAUUAUCCUUUGCACAGUUUUUUGCAGAGCAGUUCUGUGUAUAUUUACUCAGUAUGAUGUCCCCCUGCUUCAGCAAUGCUGAACUUUCAGGUAAAUGUGCACAGGAUUACAGCUCUAAUGUAGUAGCAACUUUCCGCCAUUAAGAUCUAUCCUUUCCAAAAUAUAUUAAUGCCAGCUUUCAAUAAAAUAUCUCUCCCAUAACUUCUUGUAUUUAAUAUGAUGGCAUAUUAAAACUGUUGGUAUUAUCCGCAUUAAACACAUGAAGGUGCCAUUCAUUUCUUCGUUUCUUAAACUCCUUAAGUAUCAAUAGGACUUAAAGGUGCUUAGUUUACCUUUUAUUUUUUAGAUUUGAAACAAAUAAUGAGAGGUAAUCAAAGAUAAUAAAAUUAGUGGGGAAAGUAAUUUACAC